UGCCCUUUCACCUCUGACCAGGCAAAAACUUGUGCGAGUUCCCGCAUGAAAAAUCUGGCAAAAAACGAAGAAUUCUGACUCAAAGGUACGUUUUCAGUCUUGCGUACGAUACAAUGCACUCCGAGGUCGACCAGGCGAGGCCACUACGAGUGGUGGAAUUCUACAGUGGGGUGGGGGGCAUGCACUAUGCUAUCCUUGAGAGCAAAGUGCCUGCUACUGUAGUGGCUGCACUGGACAUAAACACCACUGCAAACGCCGUCUACAGGCACAAUUUUCCACACAUCAACCUCCUCCAACGGGACAUAACUGGCAUCAAACUGCCAGAAUUCGAGUUGUGGAACGCGGACGUAUUUAUGAUGAGCCCCCCUUGUCAGCCCUUCACUCGUGUGGGUCUGAAAGGGGAUACCGCAGACCCCAGAACUAAGAGUUUUCUGUACAUCUUGGACAUCCUUCACAGGAUGUCCAAUCCCCCCAAUCACAUCCUCUUGGAAAAUGUGAAAGGGUUUGAGACAUCAGAAACUCGAAAUAACCUCAUUACCACUCUAGAGGAAUGUGGCUAUUCCUACCAAGAAUUCCUCUUGUCACCUAACCAGUUUGGAAUCCCAAAUUCCAGACUAAGGUACUUUCUCUUAGCAAAGAGAAAACCGCUCACAUUUGCAUUUGAGCAACAGUCAGAGAUGAUGACAGAGAUGCCAUCAAACUCUCUGAUUGGCUCAGCAACACCAGCCAAUCAGAGCUCUCCUUCAACCGAAGCAGCCAAUGAAACUGCUUCACAGAACAGCCAGGAGAUCCCCUGUCCAUAUAGUAUAUUUGAUCCUGAAGACAGAGACACAGCAAAUUGUCGAGACAUCUCCGAGUUCUUGGCAACACACUCUAAGGAGGAAGAGGAGCAACUGCUUCUUCCAGACAAGCUUCUGGACCGCUACUGGAAAGUUCUCGACAUUGUCACACCCAGUUCUAGACGUUCAUGUUGCUUUACUAAAGCAUAUGGACAUUACACUGAAGGCACAGGCUCUGUGUUGUUCUCUCAAAGAGACGUAGACGCUAAAGAAAUCUUUCGUAAGGUAGCCAAAUCUGAGGACCAGUCUGAAAGGCUGGAUCUCCUACAUCAGUUGAAGAUGAGAUUUUUCUCGCCCAGGGAAGUGGCUAGCUUACAUUGCUUCCCACCUGAGUUCACUUUUCCUGAAGCUACAACUACUAAGCAGCGGUACAGGGUACUGGGAAAUAGCUUGAAUGCCCAUGUGGUGGCAGAGCUCUUCAAGCUGCUAGUUAAAUGAACUGUUACAAUUCAAAACAAUGUAUUAAGAUUUAGAUGGCAGAGACAGUAUUAGCCGAUCUCUUCAACUCUUUUUUAAUAUACAUGUAGAUUUGCAAUGUAAGUAGUAAAGUGUCAAUCUAAAUGGCACUGCAAAUGAUCCUUGGUAUAAAAUGUACAUGUAAGUUUCUAUUCUAAUGCUUCUAUGAUUCAUGUACAGGUCCAACAGUUGUUUUUACGUAUGAAAUAAUUUUUAUUCCAUGGCAGAUGAGAAAUCAUUAAAGGUAUCAAUUACAAGUACCUAUGAGUAUUCAGUAUAUACGUGUGAAAUAUAUGUUCACCAUUUGUUUCCCUCUGCAAGUAGGUAACCGUUCAAUCUUGCAUUCUGCUGUACAGAAUGGAUGCUAGUAGAAAUAAUUUGUAAGGCAUUCGGAGGCUUCUAUCAUUUGCUUGUCACCUUAGUGUGGUUUUAUAAAGGGCCAGUGUAGGAUAGUCGCAGGUAGACAUCAGAAACACCCACACAACUCCUGCUUUACCUGCACUAUAAAGCCCUUAGCUUCACCAUUAGAUCUGGAUCAGAAGA